AUGGCCGACCUUUUCGAUUUCGGCGAACGGCUGGGAUUAUUUUUGAUCGUGGAAGUGGCUAGUCUCUCGGCGAUCGCAACCGGAGCUUUGCUGCUGUACAUUCUGUACGGUUCAUUCACCAGACGACAAGAUACGCGUACAGAUGGCCAUGGGCCUACAGGGGGACCCAUUUCAGACACAGACAGUGUCGAUAAUGAACCACAGGAUGUUAGCGGGUCAACAUAUUUCAGGAACCUCAUGGUGGCAGAACUCAUCCAAGCCACCGGUGGUCUCCUCAAUAUUCAGUGGAUAAUUGAUGCUUCGGUUGCAGAUGGGUCGCUUUGCACGGCGCAGGGUGUGAUGAAGCAAAUGGGAGAUGUUGGCGUCGCCCUCACCACCCUCACAAUCGCAACCCACACCUUCCUAGUACUGGGUCUGCGUUGGCAUCCCCCAACGCGGAUCUUCUCCAUCCCGGUUCCCUUCAUUGUCGUCAGCUUAAUUUGGACGUUCAUUGUCCUGGCCAUCGCCAUUCCCGCUGGUUUGCACCAAACCUCAGAUGCACCGUAUUACAGCAACACAGGAUAUUGGUGUUGGAUCAGCGAGACAUACUCGCGCGAACGCAUUGGACUAGAAUACUUCUGGUUAUGGGCCGCUGCUUUCAUCCAGGUUGCGAUCUAUGUUUUCCUCGCGUUGGUCUUCCGCGGAGUCAUUGUCAUCGAGAAAGGCAGAUUUGGCUGGCAAUCUGUCAAGACUUCGCAACUCGACCGCCAUGAUGAUGAUUACUAUAAAGGAAUAAAGGACGAGGAAGCCAAAGCAACCAACGGACGCGCGAUGCAAAUGCUGUUCUAUCCCUUGGUCUACAUCAUCACCGUGUUCCCCGUAUCAAUCGUCCGAUGGCUCGAUUUCUCCGGCUCUAGCGUUCCUCCCGGGGCAACCAUUUUUGCAGGGAUUUUGUUCUCCUCGAGCGGUUUUCUCAACGUCCUCUUGUACAGCAUCACGCGCCCAGGAGUCGUCAAAGGCUCCCCGACCUCCGUCCCAGACGCCGAGCAAGCGCACAAGCUGAACAAUGUCGCUUUCCCCCAACAAACCAGCCCCCACAGCGCGACAGCAACAAGCAUCUCCGCCAGCCAUGCUGAACGACGAAGGGCCGGAUCUGUCAGGAGUGCGAACGGAAGUACUCCUUUCAGCCCGGCGCAACGGAAGUUCGGAGUGUUGCCUGAUCUUGGGGACGAGGAUGAAGAGCAGAUGGAAUUGAGCAGCGCGAUAGGGCGGACAUAUGGCCAUCCUCAGGGCGCCAGCCACAGCAGUUCAGCUCGCCCUGGGACAGGCGACAGCUUCUUCAGCGGUCGCACUGCAACCGAACCCCCUUCGCGGACAAGAGCGCAACAGGACGAUGAUAUGGGCCGACUCCCUGACUCAGAUGACGAGAGAUAG